AUCCUGUAGGCGGUCGACACGUAUCGCUCCAACUUUUUGUUCCUUUCUUCCCACUGCACUGCCCUUCCAAACCAGUCAAACGCAGGUCGUCUCCUCUCGUCUCAUCAGUCAUCACGCGUCCAGCUCCAGUAGACGCUCACUUAGCUACCUCCUCUUGUGUUGCGCGCGAUCGAUGGCCGCACUGUUUGCGCUACUUCUUGUGCUCGCUGUAUCUGGAGGCGCCGCCGGCGACGACGAGGCCAUGCUGCCCCGGCUCAAGCUCCGAGACGUGUCCAUGAACGGCUGCGGGAGCUUCGUGAGCCUCCUCAACAUGACGGCCAACGCGAGCGACAUCUCCCAUUCCCAGUGGCCCGUCCUCGUCGGUGGCGGCGGCGGGCUCGCGGUCUUCUGCCCGGACGAGGCGUGGCAGGGGCUCGUGGACCAAAUGUCCAAGAACGGCUGCGGGAGCUUCGCGGGCCUCCUCUCCGCGACGGCGAGCGCGGCCGAGAUCUUCCACGAGCACCUCCUCGGCGGCGGCGGGCUCACGGUCUUCUGCCCCGACGACAAGGCCGUGGCCUCGUUCGACCCCACGUUCCGAAGCCUCGCCGCGGGCGACCGGGUAGCUGUCCUUCUCUACCAUGGCGUGGCGGCGUGCUACGGCAGGGAGCGGUUCAAGGGGUUCAACUAUGUGUCGGUGCACACGCUGGCGGAGGACGCGGCGACGAAGAAGAACCAAGCCAUAACAGUCCGCGACGAAGGGGGCGCGCUCGCGCUGUGGCCGGCUCCGCCGUCGUACCCGAACGGCGGUGCAUGGGUGACCAGGACGGCGUCGGAGGAGGCCCCGCUCGCCGUGUACGUGGUGGACGCCGUGCUGCUGCCGAGCACGCUGGCGUGCAUCGGGUAUCUGGGUUGGCUGCGCUGCUGCAUCGCCCUCUUCCCGGACUGGAUUGUUCCGGUCUGCAUCAGCUGUGUGGCAGGGAGUGUGGUGGGCGUCCUGCUCGGAGUUCUGAUCGUCGAAUUCCUCGACCCCAUCGACUGAGGCAGCAGGGAGGAGGGAUGCACGAAGACGGCCCGUUCUGUGAAUAGGUUUAUCUUGUGGACUUUUUCUUCAGCUGCACCUGCACCUGCUUUAGUGCAUACUAGGCUUUGCACACCGUAUUGUAGGUGUUGGACUUGAUACAGGUUAUUUUUUGAGUUAUUUGACGGUACAUCAGAAGCAAUUCCAGUGGUCCAGAUUGAUAAUA